CUGAAGACAGGGGCCCCUUUUGAAUGACAGCGCUUGGGAAGGAAGACGAAUUCUUGUCUGAUUUCCCGCAGCCACAGCGUCGAUGAGAAGCAGUCGAGGAACUCCAUUCUAACUGAAUGGAUUGGUAUGGGGAGAAGCGGACCACAAAUCACGGCUAAGCGGCAGCUUUGGGACUGUAUAACGUUGACGAUGGUUUUACUUUCGCUGCUGUUUCGACCAGCUCACUGCCAGCAGUGCCGAAUCCAGCGCUGCAAUGCAGAGUAUGUGGCCUCUACCUCACCCGCUAGUGGUCUGCAGGAGGACGUGGCUCUCGAUGUGGACUACUGCAUCGCCCUGCGAGCCUACGCCCUGUGCACGCGGCGGCAGGCACGCAGCUGCAGGGGCGACCUGGUCUACCACUCAGCCGUGUUUCGCAUUAAGGAGUUAUUCUCUCAGCAUAACUGCUCCAGCGAUGGGCCCACUUCCUCCGCAAAGGUCCCCAGCACGUCUCGGCCAGCUGUGUCGGAGCUGUGCAACUACGAGAACCGGGUCCUUACGUCGGGCUCGGCCGCUCAGCAGAAGAAAUACGCCCACUGUGGAUUAUUCGGAGACCCGCACCUACGGACAUUCAGAGAUGAGUUUCAGACCUGCAAAGUCGAGGGGGCGUGGCCUCUGAUUGACAAUCGCUUCCUGUCAGUGCAGGUGACCAAUGUGCCUGUUGUGCUUGGAUCCAGCGCUACAGCCACCAGCAAGAUCACAGUGAUCUUUAAGUCAUAUCAUGGCUGUACGGAUCAGAAAGUGUACCAGGCCACCACCGAAGAUCUGCCAUUGGCCUUUCAGGAUGGGACUCGCAGUGGUGGUGAGAGUGGCAGCCUGACCAUUUCUGAGCGUGGCGGCUCUGGAGUAGGACGUCAGGUGAAGAUACAGGCCCGCUACAUUGGCACCUCCAUCAUUGUCCGGCGUGUGGGCAGCUAUUUGACCUUUGCCAUCCGCAUGCCAGAGGACACCCUGGACUUCUCAGAAGACAACGGCGGCCUGCAGCUCUGCCUGCACGGCUGCCCACGCAACGAGCUCAUCAAAGAGCACACGCUGGGCAGACAGAGCCAGCAGCCUCGCCUGCAGGGCACCAGUACAGAGCUGGGUCCCCUGCGGCCCCCUCACCAGGUGUACACAGUGGAGCGGGCCACCGCUAAGUGUAGAGAGACUCUGCAAGUGGAGGACGUGUACUUUCAAUCCUGUGUGUUUGACUUGCUGACAACAGGAGACCCUGAGUUCUCCAUGGCAGCCUACGGCGCUCUGGAGGAUUUAAAGGCACUGCCGCCUAGCAAACUGAAGCAGAACUCCCCGAGGACUCCUCGCCUUUAUAACCGAGGGGCGUCAAAUACAUCGACUGCAGUAGCAGCCAGCAGCUCCAUACUCUCACUCCUUCUCCUCACUCUGCUGCUGAUGUGAAAAUUAAAUAAAUAGAAAUGAUUUUGGGUGACCCGGAAGCUCAUCUGGUAGAGUGCAGUCCCCAUUUGCAUCACAGCGUCCUAGCCAGCCCCUUUGCUGCAUCCCUUCCCUCUCUCUCCCCCCAUCAUAAUAAUGCAGAAAUGCUGGAAACUGAAAAGGAAUAAAAACAAAAGACUGACUUUCAUCAGUGAAACACGGUGACAAACAGACCGUGGAAGCAUUACCAGCUUGAGGAAAGAGUGAUAUAGAGUUCAGACAUUUUAUUUGUAUUUUUUGGGAGGGGGGAUUUGUGAAGGUUUGAACUUUUCUGUCUUUCAUGUGAAGGAUUUCGCUAUCACAACAGAUGGCAUUUCUUCACACGUUGCAUCAUACACCGGCUACAUCAUACGGUUCAACAUCCCCACAUACUACUACAUGGUUUACAGAAGUAUUUUAAAAUGUUAAACUUGUGUGUUUGCGCUGACAGGAAGGCAGCUGAAGAGAAUUUCAUUUCUUAUUUUGUAAAUACUUCCAUGCACAACCUUCAAACACUCCCUACAUGUAUGAAGCUGCAACUCCAUAAGCUGUUUUUGUGCAGAGAUAUGCAGCUUCGAGAUCCUGUAUAAUCCAGUCAUAUCAAAAGCACUUAACAGUUGCAACAGCAAGUUUUGUGUAUUUAAAUGUCACCUCUUUGUCUACUUCAACUCUUGUUUCAGAAAUUGGCAUAUAUAACUACACAGGAUCCAACAACUGUAUGUAAAAACUACCUAUUCAUGAUAAUAUAUGAUGUGACAGAUCAUCUCAUCCUCUGUUAAACACUCCCUCUUCAAGCUGUUUGACUUCCAGUUUUAAAGGUUAAAAACACAAAUCUUUAUAUAAUAAUAUAUUAAAAGAGUGUAUAUAUGUGUUUUAUAUUGUGUACAUUUGCCUGUGUAUAGAUGUUUUAACUGUAAUAUGUUUUACAUUUGUUGUGUGUAGUUAUAUUGAGAUAUUGGAAAAAAGUUAACUAAUAUGUGUUGUUGUAUCUGUAAUUUUCUGUAUUAAAGUGUUGGACACU